AUGCCUUCUGCCACCACCUCCAACAGCCAUACAACAUACCCUUCUGAUUCGUCUUCAAUAGCCUCCUCUACAUCGCCCGCGACCGCUGUAACGCAGAGAGCACGGCUACGAUCCUCUCCCGACCCGCCUUUGUACCAGUCGCACGGCUCGACCGGGCGCACUUGCGUCUCACAAUCAAGAGCAGCCUCCAACGGCGACGGCAAAGCACGUGCAUCCUACGCCCGCAACAGCUACGCUUCCCAGCAAGAGCAAGGCUGGGAACAGGACGCUACUUGCACCGACGACUUUUUCGACGACGAGGACGAAGAGGACUACUACCAAGGGCAGCGAAAGGACAGUGACCAUCGGCCUUUGCUUGAACGCAGCUCCAACUCUGCUUCUUGCACCUCUCGCAGCAAGAAAGGAGAUCAUCCCGGCACCAAGAGGUCCAAUUCGAUCAAGAUGAAGCGUUCCAAUUCGCAUAGACUGGCUGACGAGUACAAGGACGAUGAGAGGGCAGCCAAGUCGGCUGGUCAGGAGGUCUUAUCGUAUACACCUCGCAACUCGAGUCGGCGAGGCAGCUCUGCAGAAGGCCAAGGCUCGCGUGGACCUAAGCAUGUUUCGUUGGAUGAGAUCUUUGAUCCCACCAAAACACUGAUGGAGAACAAAUCGAUGAUGAUCUCAGCCGAGUUGGAUCGUAUGGGGAUGGGCACGUACCAGAUGUGCAUUUGGUUCCUCUGCGGAUGCGGAUACUUUAUCGACUUGCUCUGGGCACAAGCGCUUGGUCUCAUCGUUACACAGGUGGCGUACGAGUUUGACGACCAGAUCCAAGGACGUACAGGUCCGCUUCAAACCGCUUUCUCAGCAGGUUUGAGAGUGGGAGCGUUGUUCUUCGGCUUUGCUGUCGACGUUGUUGGCAGACGAUGGAGUUUCUACGUGACCACUUUGAUCGCAUCUGUGUUUGGUAUUGCAAGUGGUGGAGCAGGUAGCUUCGAGACACUAUGUGUUUUGGCCGCCUUGAUUGGGUUUGGUAUUGGAGGCAACAUGCCGAUCGAUGCUACGAUUACGAUUGAGUUCCUUCCGUGUAAGAGGCGAUUGCUUGUCGCUGCACUCUGCAUUUUCCAGCCGCUCGGUGUGCUGGUUUGCUCCGGAAUCUCGUAUGGCUUGAUCCCCAAGUAUGCCUGCGACUCGGCAGCAAGCUGUAGACGCAGCAACAACAUGGGUUGGCGCUACACUCUCUUUACACUCGGCUGUAUCACUUGGCUCGUCUUUGUGGCUCGAUUCUUCAUGUUCACCUUGCGCGAAUCGCCAGAGUAUCUGCUGGCACGCGGGAAAGAUGCGAAAGCGCUCAAGAUCAUUCAACAGAUCCUCAUCACCAACAAGAGCAAGAUCGAGCCACUCUUCACCCAAGCCGACUUCCGUGAGGCAGCCAAACGUAUCGCUGCGCACCAAGGAGGCGAGUACAUGGACCAACACAUGGACCAAGAUCGAGAAGAGCGAGAAGGACUGGAUGCAGGUGGUGGCAAAGCUUCUCGUCUGCAACAAGCCAAGAAAUCGGCAAAAGAGAUGGUAGCGUUGUUCUUGAACGCUAAAACCUUGUUCGGCGAUGGCAGGAUGGCACGAGUAACAACGAUCAUCUGGAUCACCUUUAUCGGCGACUUUUGGGGCUUCACUCUGGCGGGCUUCUACCUGCCGCAGAUGCUACGAGCAAAGGGUGCAGCCGAAGAUACAUCGAUGGAAAGGAGGUAUCGCAACUACAUUCUGAUUUAUUUGCCCGGUAUCUUGGCGGUUGCGUUGGGUGCGGCGAUGAUUGAAGUUCCUAAACUCGGAAGACAGUGGGCAAUGGUGGUUUCGUCUGCGUUGAUGGCGGUGUCGUUCUUCUUGUUCACGAUGGUGGAGACGCAGGCGGCAAGUAUUGGUGCCAACGCUGCUGAAUAUUUUGCACAGAGCUUUUUCAAUUGCAUUCUGUAUGCUUUUGUAGCGGAGAUCUAUCCAAGUCAGGUAAGAGGUACCGCAAGCGGUCUCGCUUCCACCCUUGGCCGGCUGGCCAGCAUCGUCGCACCCUUGGCAGCCGAUGCACUGUACAGAGACCAGACCGAGCAGCAGGCUAAGCAGGUGCUUUAUUUGGCAGCAAGUGUGACGCUGUUGUGUCCUGUCGCACUUGCCUUGUUGCCUUACGACACGAGAGGGAUACGGGUUUACUAG